GUUAGUCCGCAUUCGACCGCGUCGGCGGCAACGUCGCCUCUCGACAAAUAUUCCGCCGGAAACGAUUCGAACUGUGAAAAAUAUUUUCCAAGUGCGAUUUCAUACUGUUAACGUUUUGUGUUUAUUUUAAGUUUUUUAUUGUUAUGAUACGGCCGCCGCAGAAUUUUGGAUUACGGUAUUAAACAUUGGAGCAACAGACUUUCGUAUAACUAUAAAGUACGAUGUUAUUGUGACGAAAAACUUGUAAGAUUGGAAUUGUAAACACUCAAGGAAAAUCAAGAAAAAAGUUAUGAGCGAUAUUUCGUCGCUUAGAUUAAUGUGCCGGUUAUGAUACGCUCGGAGCUUUGACCAAACUUGGAUUUGUCAAAAGAGGAAUACCAAAGAAAAUGUGUGCCAAAAUGUUAUUUUAUUGUUUCUCCCUGUUUACCCUCAUUAUGUCUUGGAUUGGAGUGUCGGCUGAAGAGGAAGUGUCAUCUCCGUUGCGGGUAGCACAAUGUAGAGCAACAUGUUUACAAAAGUUCGCGGCGCCGAGGCCAGGCGGAGAGUCAUCGUGUUUGCAGGGCCCUGACUGUUUUAUGUGUUGGGAAAAUUGUGAACUACUGCAGUCCAACUACCAGGUAUGGGGGGCCAUCUGCGACGAGAAAGAUAUUUGUUUCCCUGGCUGCAAGAUCGCCUGUGAAUUCCAUUCGGAAGCGGCGCGCGCGUCUCAAACUCAGCCUGUCAUCCACACUAAGGGCGAAGGAGUUAUGCGCGUGAGUGGAGCGCUCGCUCGCUGGCCACCCCCGGCGCCCCGCGCUGCAUCUCGCCCUGUACCACUUGUGUACGUCGUUAUGCGCCGAGCUGCAGAAGGCCCUUGGCGACAAAUCAUACAAACUCAAGCACUAGCAACGCGAGUUCCUUCAAACAAUGAAGGAGCCCUUCUUCGCGUUCUUGUUGUUGAUCCACUGGGACUUGUUACCAUCUACAGUCCUGAUGAAACUUGGGUGGCUCAUGAUACAAACACUUCCAAUCACGAUGAACAUAAAUGGACACUUAAAGAGAUAUCCCUAAUUCACCAAAAAGUCCUGGUCAUUGGUGAAAUAGCUUGGGAACCCAGAAUAGCACGAGGAGUAUAUUUAGUUACUUGGGAAGUGGACGGUGGAGGUCUGAAAGGCAAUUUAUUUACGGACUCCACUAGAGUGACAUUAUCAUUAUGGCCCGACACGGUCUACCACAUUCAAGUGGAACUUGUGUCUCGCACGCCGGGCGUUGACAAUGAAAGGUCAGAGACCAUGACUAUUGACACCAGCAGAGCUCAACGUGUUUCAACCGAAAGCGUUCAGGAUGUUCAAGUCAGUGAAGGCGACCGCCUGAUGUCUGUUCUGGUAAGCUCCAUGAGAGGGGAACGUGUGCCAGAGCGUUCACCUGACUCUGAGCUAGUACUAGGAUGUUUGUCAGCUAUGAUAGCGUUUGGCUUGGCCGUCCUAGCCGCAGUUCUGUGGAGGCGGAGACGACGAGGAACCUUCCCAGGAACCAACGUGUACAUUGGUUCUUCUUCUGUUUUAAAGCGUAAGCUAGUUGAAGACUUUGCUCCAGCUGCGCACUGUUUUCAGCCGGUGCUAGUGCCAGAAACACCGACCAACGACUCGAUGCCGCGUGACGUGGUCGUGUGACGUCACAGUUUCGAUAUGCUGUCGGUGGAAGACCGCGUCUUCAGUUCCUAAGCAUUUGGACGAACUCACUAAAAGACAAGUAGUUCAAGUGGAAAGAAGUGCUGUUUGUGAUACUCUAAAACUCUGUAAGAGAGAUAUAAGUGAAAGUUAAAUUGCAUUUAUUGAGGAAUGUCGUGUAACUUGUUACGUUGUAAAUUGUAAUGGACUUUGGAACACUCUAUGUAAAUGCUGCUGUAAUAAAAAUUACCCAUGUAAUUUUGUUUGUACGUAGAGUUAGGUGAUUGUAAAUUAAAAAGUUACUACUUAUAAAUGUAUUUAUGAAACACAGUAAGGUUAACACCAGAAAAAUUAGUUAUGUACAUAUGUUAGGAAGAAAAAAAUAGUACCUAAAUGAUAAUUUUCUAAAAUAUGACUUGAUUUAUAUACUGCUUGUAAAUAAAUAACUGUAAUGCGUGUACCGGAUUUCGAUGUUCCAUUUCAAACCGUUUUGUACUUCUAAGAAAAAUAUCGAGAUCUCCUACAUAAGUACGAAUUAAGUAGUUUUGUUUUAGACUCCAUUCAGUUUUUGGACCAAUAUCCCAAAAAAUGUUAUCUUUCAAAAUGGAAUGUAAAACUAAAAAACGGUUUCGUAUUACUGUAGUCGCCUGUUUUACGACGGAAUCUUUAUAAGAGUAAUCGGUAUAAAUAUCUAGAACUAUUUUUACAACUAGUCCUUAUUAUCAUUUAGUUAAAACAUAGUUAUUAGAUAUAUUUUACGAUAAUAGUUUUGAUGAGGUUCUUACUCAUUCUAGUGAACUUUACGACGUCUUCUUCAGCAAUAAACAUAAUAUGUAUGUAUUUGUAAAUAAUGGAAACAUUUAUUGUAAAAACAUAACAGAGAAAUUAUAUUUUUCUUGGCCUAUGACAGAUAUUUGUAGAAGUUACGGGUGGAUGUAUCGAUUAAGGUUUUUUCCACAAAAUAUAAGUUUUGGUUGUAAUGCGAUAUGCCCAUUCCCUUGAUACGUGUCUCUCAGAUUCUCUUAGCCAUAACGUAAUGUUACGUAAUUCACAGUGUAGUGUCAUAAUUAUUUGUUUAAAGUUGAUGUUAGGCUUUAAACACUUGUACUUAAUAACUUAAGUUUCGUUUCGUAGUGCAAAAGUGUAAAAGAGACCAAAAUUAUAUAUAAUUUGAAACAAAUUUUGGUUCUGUGACAACCAAAAUCCGAGUAGGACGUAAGUUAGGAGCUUAAUUAAAUUUAUUUAUUUUUUGUGAUUAAUUAGUACCUUCACUCGAUUUUGUAAAUAAACGAAUUGCUAUAAAUGACGAUGCUGAUCUUAACGUGUAUAAAUAAAUAUGUCUGCCAAAUUAAA